CCGGCCCCGGGCCCCGCCCACCCCGCCUCGCGGCCCAGCUCCUUCCCGCGGCUCUGCGAUGCGGCCCGCAGGGUGACCCCGGGCGGGAGUCCGGGGAUCCGCAAUCAGCCCCGGAGGACGGGGUGGGGUCGCCCCAAACAGGAGCGCCGGGACCGCUGGGACCCCGCACUCGGCGUCCGCCGCCGCCGGGUAGCCGGGCAGUGGAGGUCCCGGAUGAGGCGACAAUUUUUUUCCGGCCCCCCCCUCCCAGUCCCGCCCCACUUCCGGGGCCGCCACUUUCACUUUCUCUUCCGCCGAAGCCGCUCCCCUUGCGAAGAACUGGGGCCUCCCGGGAGGAGAGAGGGCUUUGCCUUGAAACCCGGGACGCCAGGGGCGCUCCCGCAAGUGGGGGUCCUCCGGGACUUGGAACGCCCCGGCUGGGUGGUGUCCGGGCGUCCUUUCCCCGCUUCUUCCCACCUCGGCUGGUCCCGUUUCCUCCUGCGCCCAGUGCGGACCUGUCUCGGCGCCCGCUGCCCUCUCACCGCCCCACGCAGGAUCCCGGCCUGGUCACCGGGCAGUGUGAUGCUUCCCGACUGCCGCGGGGACAGCGAGGCACACACAGGGCUUGGGCCGCGCCGGAGGCCACACGGCCUGGCUGAGUUGCUCCUGGUCUCCCGCCUCUCCCAGGCGACCCGGAGGUAGCAUUUCCCAGGAGGCACGGUCCCCCCCAGGGGGAUGGGCACAGCCACGCCAGAUGGACGAGAAGACCAAGAAAGCAGAGGAAAUGGCCCUGAGCCUCACCCGAGCAGUGGCGGGCGGGGAUGAACAGGUGGCAAUGAAGUGUGCCAUCUGGCUGGCAGAGCAACGGGUGCCCCUGAGUGUGCAGCUGAAGCCUGAGGUCUCCCCAACGCAGGACAUCAGGCUGUGGGUAAGCGUGGAGGAUGCUCAGAUGCACACCGUCACCAUCUGGCUCACAGUGCGCCCUGAUAUGACAGUGGCGUCUCUCAAGGACAUGGUUUUUCUGGACUAUGGCUUCCCACCAGUCUUGCAGCAGUGGGUGAUUGGGCAGCGGCUGGCACGAGACCAGGAGACCCUGCACUCCCAUGGGGUGCGGCAGAAUGGGGACAGUGCCUACCUCUAUCUGCUGUCAGCCCGCAACACCUCCCUCAACCCUCAGGAGCUGCAGCGGGAGCGGCAGCUGCGGAUGCUGGAAGAUCUGGGCUUCAAGGACCUCACGCUGCAGCCGCGGGGCCCUCUGGAGCCAGGCCCCCCAAAGCCCGGGGUCCCCCAGGAACCCGGACGGGGGCAGCCAGAUGCAGUGCCUGAGCCCCCACCGGUGGGCUGGCAGUGCCCCGGGUGCACCUUCAUCAACAAGCCCACGCGGCCUGGCUGUGAGAUGUGCUGCCGGGCGCGCCCCGAGGCCUACCAGGUCCCCGCCUCAUACCAGCCCGACGAGGAGGAGCGAGCGCGCCUGGCGGGCGAGGAGGAGGCGCUGCGUCAGUACCAGCAGCGGAAGCAGCAGCAGCAGGAGGGGAACUACCUGCAGCACGUCCAGCUGGACCAGAGGAGCCUGGUGCUGAACACCGAGCCCGCCGAGUGCCCCGUGUGCUACUCGGUGCUGGCGCCCGGCGAGGCCGUGGUGCUGCGUGAGUGUCUGCACACCUUCUGCAGGGAGUGCCUGCAGGGCACCAUCCGCAACAGCCAGGAGGCAGAGGUCUCCUGCCCCUUCAUUGACAACACCUACUCGUGCUCGGGCAAGCUGCUGGAGAGGGAGAUCAAGGCGCUCCUGACCCCUGAGGAUUACCAGCGAUUUCUAGACCUGGGCAUCUCCAUUGCUGAAAACCGCAGUGCCUUCAGCUACCAUUGCAAGACCCCAGAUUGCAAGGGAUGGUGCUUCUUUGAGGAUGAUGUCAAUGAGUUCACCUGCCCUGUGUGUUUCCACGUCAACUGCCUGCUCUGCAAGGCCAUCCAUGAGCAGAUGAACUGCAAGGAGUAUCAGGAGGACCUGGCCCUGCGGGCUCAGAACGAUGUGGCUGCCCGGCAGACGACAGAGAUGCUGAAGGUGAUGCUGCAGCAGGGCGAGGCCAUGCGCUGCCCUCAGUGUCAGAUCGUGGUGCAGAAGAAGGACGGCUGCGACUGGAUCCGCUGCACCGUCUGCCACACCGAGAUCUGCUGGGUCACCAAGGGCCCACGCUGGGGCCCUGGGGGCCCAGGAGACACCAGCGGGGGCUGCCGCUGCAGGGUAAAUGGGAUUCCUUGCCACCCAAGCUGUCAGAACUGCCACUGAGCUAAAGAUGGUGGGGCCACAUGCUGACCCAGCCCCACACCCACGUUCUGUUAUGGGGCAGGGUUGGGCUCGGGGCUCUGGUUCCAACUUCUGCCUGGGAGGUGCUUUUGUGCAGAGGCCAAGUCCCUGAGCUUCAUGGACGGCCUUGCUUGCUGUAGCGUUGUAGGGGCCCUGCCUGCACUGCGGUUGUCCACGGUCACAUCUGCCCCAGUGCCUUUGUCCUUCCCUUGGGGCUUGCCGGCCAGACUUCUCUCCCCUGCAGCUCCCGCCUCUGCCUGACCCCAGCCUUAAACAUAGCCCCUGGCCAGAGGCCUUGCUGGGUGGAGCCUCUGUGUGACUCCAUACUCCUCCCACAACACUCAUCUGUCAAACACCAAGCACUCUCAGCCUCCCCGCCUUCAGCUGUCAGCUUUCUGGGGCUAACUUCUCUGCCUUUGUGGUUGGAGGCCUGGGGCCUCUUAGAACUCUUGCUAACCUGUUCAGAGCCAGGAAGGAGACUGCACAGUUUUGAAAGCACAGCCCGUCAGGUCCGGCUCUGCGUCUCCCUCUCUGCAGCCUGUGUAAGCUAUUACAAUUAAAAUGGUUUUCCGGGAA